GAAUCGCCUGUUGCUCUGUGAGCUCGCUCGCAGUACAUAUAAUUUUCCAUCGCUCCAUCCAAUCCCAGCUCUGCUACACAACACACCCACACACCUCCACUGACCACCACUCGAGACAAGUGAGAAACCAUGAAGCCUCUCGCCGCUCUGCUCGUCUCCAGCCUCCACAUCCACUGCCUCUGCCUGCUACUCCGGGGAGCACUCGCCACGGCGCCGGCGCCGUCCGCCCACCACCACCCGCAGGCGCCGGCAGCCCACCACGAGUACAACGCCUCCGCGGCGCGGUGCGCGGGCUGCGGCGGCGGGGACACCGGCGCGGCGCUGGGCGGGCUGGGCGCGUGGGCGGAGGCGGCGGAGUUCCUCUACUACCACAACGCGGUGCGGAUGGCGCGUUGGGAGCUGCCGCUGGCGUGGUCGCCGCGGCUCGAGUCGUACGCGCGGUCGUGGGCGGCGCAGCGCCGGGGCGACUGCGCGCUGCGGCACUCGUUCCCAGAGGGCCAGUUCGCGCUGGGCGAGAACAUCUUCUGGGGCGGCGCGGGCGCCGCGUGGCGGCCCGGGGACGCCGUCAAGGACUGGGCGGCGGAGGGCGUGGACUACUCGUACGCCGCCAACGCGUGCGCGCCGGGCCGGGAGUGCGGCCACUACACGCAGAUCGUGUGGCGCCGCACCGCCUACGUCGGCUGCGCGCGCGUCGUUUGCGACGACGGCGGCGUCUUCAUGACGUGCAACUACUACCCGCCGGGGAACGUCGUCGGGGAGCGGCCCUACUGACCCGGCCAGCCGGCGAGCUGCGGCGCGAGGUUCUAGGAGCAUAUACUGUAUGACACCGGUCUGUCUGUCAAGGAGAUUCUAGGAGAAUAUUGUAAGCUGAUUUGAGAGCAGAUCAAUGAUAGUGUCACCGUCGUGAAUGAAUUGAGGGUGACAAAUAGAGAUGGAUGUAUGUAACUCAAUGUCGUUGCUGUGACUGAAUGAGCUGAACUUUUUAGACU